AUGGCUGCAACAAGCGAAAACGCGAACAUUACCGGUGUUACACCAAACGGAACGAUAUGGGCUGGCUUGGUACUAGGUCCAUCAGUUUUCGGGCAAAGUGAGCUCAUAAAAAAAUGGAUAUUUCCACAAAAAACAUUCUUCAUUAGCCAGACAAUCUCAUAUUUUGGGAUAAUGAUGUUCUUGUUCUUAAUUGGAGUAAAAAUCGAUCUAAGUCUUGUUACAAGAUCAGGGAAAAAAGCUUGGGCAAUUGGAACAUUUUCAUUUUUUGUACCACUAUUAAUGAGCAAUUUCAUCGCACGUCUCCUAGGAAAACUACUAAUAACCCCCGACCAAAUUCUCUGCAAGUCCAUAUUUGUCCUCGCAUUUAUCUUUUCAACCGGUUCAUUCCACACCACCGCAAUCCACUUAGCCGAUUUAAAGCUAUUGAACUCAGAAAUGGGUCGAAUAGCGAUAUCUGCCUCCAUGGUUGAUGGAGCCUUUUCGUUAUUGUGGGUUACUGCUAAACUCACAGAAAAACAAUCAAGUUCAGCAGAUUUAAAGCACCAUCCUUUUACUUGGACGGGAGUUUCUUUGCUUGUUAUGGUUAUUAUCAUACUAUGCGUUCUUAGGCCUAUAAUGUUUUGGAUGAUAAGAAAAACACCUGAAGGAAAACCAAUCAAAGAAUCAUACAUAUUUUCAGUGUUUUUAAUGAUAUUGGGCUGCUCAUUAUUUAGUGAGGUUAUUGGAGAACAUUAUAUGAUUGGUCCUGUAAUUUUAGGUCUGGCUGUACCUGAUGGGCCUCCAUUAGGAUCAGCAUUGACUGAAAGGUUGGAUGCAAUUGUGUCAGCGGUUUUCUUGCCAUUGUAUUUCCUUUUUAAUGGUGCUAAUUUCAAUAUUUUUCUAAUUAAUACUCGUAGCUUUGUAAUAGUGCAAAUUGUUGCUAUAUUUGCAUCUUUGGGGAAGGUUGCUGGAACUAUGUUGCCUUCAAUUUAUUGGAAGAUGCCAGUUACUGAUGUUCUAUCUUUAGGACUACUUAUGAGUGCUCAAGGCAUCACACAAUUGAUUUACUUGCAGACUGCUCUAUAUCUUCAUCUUAUAGAUGAAGAAUCAUAUGGUAUUGGGUUGAUAGCUUUAAUAUGGAUAACAGCAGCCACAACACCCAUUGUGAAAUUCCUAUAUGAUCCAUCUAAGAGGUACUUAUCCUUAAAUAGGAGAAGAACCAUUGAACAAUCAACUUCAGAUAUUGAACUUCGUAUCUUGGCAUGUAUACACAGUCAAGAAAACACACCAUCCAUUAUCAAUCUUCUUGAAAUGUCAAGCCCUUCAUUGAAAAAUCCAAUUUGUUUCUAUGUCCUACAUCUUAUUCAACUUAGAGGACGAGUAACACCAGUUUUCAUAGAUCAUCAACCAACAUGCAACAAGGAGAAUCCACCGCACUCGACGAGUUAUUCACAACACAUAAUAAAUGCUUUUAGAUCGUAUGAGCAACAAAAUUCGAAUAAUGUGGUUGUGAAACUCUUCACAUCGAUUUCUCCUUAUGAGACGAUGCAUGAUGAGAUAUGUAUGCAAGUUGCUGAGAAGAGAGUUUGUUUGUUGAUUGUUCCUUUUCAUAGACAGUGGAUUCCAAAUGAGAUUUCAGAGUCAGCAGCCCCGAUUCGCGCAUUAAACCGUCAUCUUCUCAGAAAAGCACCUUGUUCUAUUGGGAUUUUAAUUGAACGCGGCACUUUGAGUAGGAAUAAUCCUCUGACUAGUGUUUCAUUUUUUAGUGUUGGAAUUAUUUUUAUAGAAGGUGCGGAUGAUCGCGAAGCGUUAGCAUAUGCGAUGCGAAUGGCACAUCACCCGAACGUAAGGGUCACCUUGGUUCGAAUAAUGGAGCCUCGAAAGAAAAAUAGGAACUUGACCAACAGGGAUCCAGACGGCGACUUGAUUCAUAGGUUUAAAGUAGAUUGUAUCAAAAUUAAACGUCAUGAUUAUAAAGAGGAAAUAGCAAGAGAUAGUGUUGAAAUGGUAAAUGUUAUAAGGUCACUUGAAGGUUGUUUUGAUUUGAUUUUGGUUGGUAGAAGACAUACAAGUGAGUCAAAUUUGUUUAGUGGAUUGUCUGAAUGGAAUGAGUAUCCUGAACUUGGUCCUAUUGGAGACAUGUUAGUGGCUUCAGAUUCUACUUUUGAUGGUUCUGUUCUGGUGAUUCAGCAACAAAAGAAGUCAGGGGUUGGUUAUCAUGAUUUGAAUCUAGAUUGUGGUAUCGUCAAAACAAAGCAAGAACCUGUAACCAUUGUGGAAGUACCUAAUGAUAGAAACGUUCGGCCAAUUAUUUGA